GGUAUAUUUUGUCAGUAAAUCCGCGCAACACGUGCGCGCUCAUCGUGUUUUGGUCGACAGCAUUUUAGGUUUGCCUUGCUUUGUUUGUAAAGAGAAAUUUGAAGUUAUUGAAGUGAAUAAAUAUGGAAAAUGAACAGCCAAUGGCUGUGGUAGCCCCUGAUGCAAGAGCAGAAACGCCUACCGCAAAUGUAGCAGAAGUCUCGGCACCAAAUGUCGCCGAAGUAACAACAGCUGCAGAUAAGGUGGAAUCUACGCCCCAAACAGUGACUGCAACUACAGCAGAGGUACCCCUUGAAACGGAGCCAAAAGCAUUGAUUACGGCAGCCAAUGAGUCAACACAUGUGGAAAACGAAGACCAACAGAAAAAUGCAGCACCAGUCGUUGCUAAUGCGGAGACACCAACAGUAGCAAUGGAUUGCGAAGAAGCCACAGCUCAGACCACGCCAGAAGAUGAAGCAAUUGCAGAAGUAGUGCCGACCAUUGUUCCUCCAGCAGAGAAGGAAAUUGAUUGCCAUGCAGCGACUGCUCCAGAUACCCUGUCAGUGGUAGAUUCAGAAAAUGGUACACCUGACCCCGCCCCAGAGUCUGCAAAUCGUUCUGGGCUUAGUUUACUGGCUGCCUACAGCUCCGAUGCCGAGUCGGACACUGAACAAGCCACCAGAAUUGAAGACAGCGACAAUGAGGUGGUGGAGGUGCCCGUGACAGGUCCUGCCACUGCAACUACCUACCGUCGUCCCGUAGUGGCUGUUAGCUCUGGUAGCGAAAACGAGAAAAGCAGCAGCAGCAGCGACUCGGAUUCGGAGUCUGAGGGCGAAUACCUGACAGUUUUGCGCAAGAAAAUUGAUAAGAAAAUCAACACCGAAGACUGUGACGAAGAGGAUGAGGAUUUCGAUGAGGAUGGUGCCACAGGAGAACGGCGUCGCCGGCAGCCACCCAAAGUGCGGGGUGAAAUGCUGUUGGAUGAGCUGCCGCCUAUCCAUCAGUUGGAGAUUACAGUGCCAGAGGACGAGUGCAUUGAGCUGGGGAAGGUCCAUUCCAUUGUCGAUCAACUGGUGCUGGUCAGUGUGCUGCCCAAUUCGAUGCUAUUCGAUCUGGACACCGUGCUAUUUCUGGAGAAGGGACGCAAGGUGCUGGGCGAGGUGUUCGAUGUGCUGGGACAGGUCUCCGAUCCCCUGUACUGUGUCCGCUUCAACACCAAUCAGCAGAUCCAAGAGCGUGGCAUCAAAAUCGGUGAUGUUGUCUAUUGUGCCCCCAAAACGGAGCACACUCAAUUUGUGAUCCUCUCCAAGUUGAUGCAGGUGCGCGGCUCGGAUGCCUCUUGGGAGCACGACGUUGAGCCACCUGCGCGCUAUAUUGACUAUUCGGAUGACGAGGCAGAGCGCGAGGCCAAACAGGAUCAGCGCAAGAGACGCCAGAGAGAUCGCACCAAUUCCACGGAUUCAAUUAGCUCCGUCUCCACGGUGGCCACUGAGGCAUCGGCAGCAGCAGCACCAUCUCCAUCGCCGCGACAGCGUGGUCGCCGUGGCCAACGUGAUAGCUAUCAAAAUCAGCGUCAGUAUCAGAAUCAAUCCCACCAGGGCUCCUCCUCCCAGCAUCAACAGCACCAGCAGCAGCAAAGAGGAGACUCGCAGUACAACUAUCAUCCCAGCUAUAAUCCUGGCAGCUGGCACUCGAAUUAUUAUCACAAUUAUCAUCAACCUGCGGCCAAUUUUAAUAUGCCGCAACCGGGCAUGCCCUAUCCAAUGCCACCGGCAGCCUAUGGCUAUGGCAUGCCCUACGCCAUGCCACAAAUGAUGCAAAUGGGUCCACCGCCACCGCAUCAUAUGUACGCGCAACCACCACCGCCACCAUUUGCACAGCCACAGAACAGGCAUCCGCCGCCAUCAUCUGGAAGUUAG